AUGGCGCUGGCGGUGGCGCUGGCUCGGCUCGGGCGGCUUCGGCGGCUGAGCGGGCCGGGCCGAGGCCACUGGACCGCGGCCGGGCGCUCCCGCAGCCGGCGCGAGGCGGCGGAGGCCGACGCGGCCGCGCCCGUGGUCCAGUACGUGGGCGAGCGCACAGCCCGGGUGGACCGCGUCUUCGUGUGGGGCUUCAGCUUCUCGGGGGCGCUGGGCGUGCCGAGCUUCGUGGUGCCCGGCUCCAGGCCCUCGCCGCGGGCGGGCUCCAGGCCUCGCCGUCGCAUCCAGCCGGUGCCCUACCGCCUGGAGCUGGAGCAGAAGAUCUCAUCUGCUGCUUGUGGGUAUGGAUUCACGUUGCUGUCCUCGAGAACUAAGGAUGUGACGAAAGUCUGGGGCAUGGGUCUCAACAAAGACUCCCAGCUUGGAUUCCAGAGGAGCAGGAAGGAUAAAGCUCGGAGCUAUGAGUAUGUUCUGGAGCCUUCGCCUGUGCCAUUGCCGCUGGACAGGCCACAGGAGACGCGGGUGCUGCAGGUGGCCUGUGGCCGUGCCCACUCAUUGGUGCUUACUGACCAGGAAGGAGUCCUCAGCAUGGGGAACAAUUCUUACGGGCAGUGUGGACGGAAGGUAGUGGAGGAUGAAGUGUAUAGCGAAAGUCACACAGUGCACCGAAUGAGGGACUUCGAUGGCCGAGUGGUACAGGUGGCCUGUGGGCAGGACCACAGCCUGUUUCUGACAGACAGAGGCGAAGUGUUCUCCUGCGGUUGGGGUGCUGACGGCCAGACAGGUCUGGGCCACUACAACAUCACCAGUGUCCCCACCAAGCUGGCCGGAGACCUUGCUGGAGUUAGCAUCGUGCAGGUUGCCACUUAUGGGGACUGUUGCCUGGCUGUGUCCGCUGACGGUGGCCUGUUUGGCUGGGGCAACUCUGAGUACUUGCAGCUGGCCUCCGUCACCGACUCCACGCAGGUGAAUGUACCCCGGAACCUGCCCUUCUCAGCCGUGGGCCAGGUGAAGCAGGCGGCAUGUGGUGGCACUGGCUGUGUCCUGCUCAAUGAUGAAGGGCAGGUGUUCGUCUGGGGCUAUGGGAUUUUGGGAAAAGGCCCCAAGCUCGUGGAGUCGGCGCUCCCAGAAAUGAUCCCCCCGACCCUCUUCGGCUUGUCACAGUUCAGUCCUGAUCUGCAGGUCACCCGCAUCCGCUGUGGCCUCAGCCACUUCGCUGCCAUCACCAAUAAAGGCGAGCUCUUUGUGUGGGGCAAAAAUAUCCGAGGGUGCCUGGGCAUUGGCCGCCUAGAGGACCAGUAUUUCCCAUGGAGGGUGACGAUGCCAGGACAGCCCAUGGAUGUGGCCUGCGGCGUGGACCACAUGGUGACACUCGCCAAGUCUUUCAUCUGAGUCUGGGCUCUGGUCCGAAGCCUCGUACCCUGGGCAUCUUGGAUGUUCCCAGAAGCUGGUCCUUUAGGGGAUGCCAUGAUGCCAUCUGGGGUGUUGGGGAGAUCCCUCAGUGCAGAAGAGCUGCCAGCAUUACUUUGGCCUGUGCUGAGUUAGAGUGGUCUGAAAAUGAACCCUCCGGGGCUUCCCACCCCAUUCCAGUUGAACUAGGGGCCUGGGGUCUCUCUACUUAGCCCCAGGGUUCUUGGUGGCUUUAUCCACCCCAGCUGUGCCUCCAGCAGAACCUACUCCUCCCUGUAUGGGAGCCCCACAGCCCUGGAAGAAGAGGCCGGCCUGAGGCCAGAUUCCUGUGGAGUGGGAAGCAGCCACAAUGCUUGGCCUGAUCAGAGGAAAGAUCCAGAAAUCGAAAGAAACAGUUGUUGAUAACAUGUCUGAUUUUUUAUAAAAACAUCUUUUAAAAGUGUUCUUUGGAAUAAAGUCUAUUUUCUGCCUUA